AUGAGAAGCAAGGAUAAAUCAAGUACUUGCUCUUACUGUGCUAAUAUUAUAGAAGAAAAAUUUACUUAUAUUAAUAAUCUAUGGAGGACAUAUGAAAUGUGCAUAUCAUGUAAAGACAACUUAAAAUGUUGUAUUUGCUGUGAGAAGAAAAUUAUAAAUAAAGAUAUUUCAUCUCUUACUUCUUGCUGUGGAUCAAGCAGAGAAAAACUAUGUGAGGAUUGUCGUAGCAUCCCAUUAAUUUGUUGUAACAAAAAUAUUGUAAAUAUAAUAGGAGAUAUUCUAUAUUUUCUUGAUUCAUAUUUACAUAUAAAUAUAUCCAAAGAAUUUAUUACAUUUCAAAAUAUUUAUACUUUCAAUAAAAUACAAUAUAAUGAAAAAAAUCAUAUUUAUUCAUUUCAACUUAAUCAUAUUAAAUACAAUAAGAUGGAAAAAGCUACAUAUAUUAUGCUCAAUCAUAAAGAAAAAAAAAUGGAAAAUAAGAAAUAUAAUAUAAAUAAUUUAAAAAAAAAAAAAAAAAAUACUGAAUUUUAUUCAAUGCAUAUAAAUGAUGAAUCCCUAAUAAAUGAUAAUAUAACAAUUUCUUUAAAAAAAAAAGGACAAAAAAUGCAAGGAAUAGAAAAAAUAAAUAAAUCAGACAAUAUAAAUAGUAACAAUAUAAUAAUAAAUAAUGAUCAAAGAAAAUACUUUUCUACUUUUUUUCAUUCAUUUAAAUCGUUAUAUACAAAAAAAAGAAACAAUAUGUAUAUAUCUAAAAAGGAUGAAGAUUUAUUAACACCUUCAAUAAAUAUAAUAAAAGAAGACAAAAAUAAUAUUCCACAAAAUAAUAAUAUUAAUAAUAUUAAUAAUAUUGAUAAUAUACAAGAAAUAUAUUUAUUAAACCAUAAUAUAACAAAUAAGAAUCACUCUAAUUAUGACACAUUAAAUAAUAAAAUACCUAUUCGUAAUACAUCUAGAAUUUCCAGAUUCUAUACAAACACUUCAACAGCAUUCUUUGACUAUAUUAAAAAAAUAAGGAAACAACAACAAAGCAACAAAAAAAAAAAAGAAAGAAAAAAUAAAAAAGGAAAGUUCAUAUUCUAUGAAAAUAUUUUAUUAUCUAUAUAUGAAAAAAAGAAAGAACAAAAAUUAAAAGAUAUUGAGAAAAAUAAUUUGCAAAAUAAAAGAAACAUGGAUAAAUAUAAAUUUAAUUUAGUGUUAUAUUUUAUGGAUAAGCAAGAUUUUAAUGGUGUAUAUAAAAGAUUAUUAGAAAACGAGUUAAAAUAUUGUGAUAUAAUAUAUCUUAAUUAUAUACUAAAAAAAAAAUGCAUCAGUAAAUAUGGAAAUAACAAAUGGAAUGAUUAUAUAUAUAACAGUGAUAUAUAUAAUAAUGAUAUAUAUAAUAAUAAUAAUAAUAAUACAUAUAGUAAUAAUACAUAUAAUAAUAAUAUAUAUAAUAAUGAUAUAUAUGAUUUUAAUUCGUUUGAUAGAAGUGUCUCCUCUUGCGGAUGUGUUACCGUGUCAGGAAAGAAAUUAUUUAAAUUACAUCAACAAAAUAAACGUAUACACAAUUAUAAAUAUAAAAACAUAAAUUUGAAAUAUCUCAAUAUUUCUAAUGAAAAUAUUAAACUAAUUGAUAAUGUUUCUUUAAACAGCGCUAUACCGAAAAUUUCUUUUUAUUUUUAUCUUGCCCAUGAAUUAAUGCACGCUUAUAUAUGGCUUACUAAAAUAGAAAGGUCACAAAAUUAUAAACAUAUUUAUAUGAUAGUUCAUAAAUUAUAUAAUAAUUAUUUUGAAGUAACAAAUGAAAUGCAUUACAAUGAUUAUCAUAAAAAUUCAUCUUUCUAUAUAUCAAGUGAACUAGAAGAAGCAUUAUGUAUUUAUGUUUCAAUUAAAUUUAUAAAAUAUAUGGAAAAAGAUCCAUAUUAUAAUAUACAAAAAUCUCUUUAUGAAAAAGAAUUAAUACAAUAUUAUAUUAAAAAAUAUGAACAAAGCACAUCCCCUAUGUAUGGUUCAAAUUAUAGAUUAUUAAAAAAAAUUUUGAAAAAUUAUCAACUAAUACAUAUCCUACAUAUUAUUAAUGACAUUUAUUUUUCUAAAUUCUAUCCUAUUGUAACUCUUAAUCUGUUACAAGCAGUUAUAUCAUUCAUAGAUUUUAAAAAUAUGAAAUUAUAA